AUGAAGGUGACAAGUAGCUGCAAUGCUUCGAAAACGCUAAAUGGCAAUAAUAUGGAGACAUUGAUUGGAUGUCAAUCAGAGAGUGACAUCAAGCAACAUCCCCUGUUGGCAUCCUGUGAGAGUGAAGAUAGUAUUUGCCAGCUGAUUGAAAUCAAGAAGAGAAAGAAGGUUCUGUCCUGGUCCUCUCUCAUGAAAAGACUCUCCCCUGCUUCAGAGGUGCCCGGGGCUUUGGAGCAGGAAUGCAAAGUGCCACUGUUUGACCAGCCCUUAUCCAACAUCUGUGGUGAGGACGGAACACUCCCCAGGCCCAUUCAGGAUAUCCUGAGUAUUCUGUGCCUUAAAGGCCCUUCCACUGAAGGAAUAUUCCGGAAGGCGGCCAACGAGAAAGCCCGCAAAGAGCUGAAGGAGGAGCUCAACUCGGGAGGCAUGGUAGACUUGGAAAGCCGCCCUGUGCACCUGCUGGCAGUGGUGUUGAAGGACUUCCUACGGAGCAUCCCCCUGAAGCUGCUGUCCAGCAACCUGUUCCAGGAGUGGAUGGGUGCCCUGGACCAGCAGAGUGAGGAGGACAGGAUCGAGGCCCUCAGACAGGUGGUGGACAAACUCCCCCGGCCCAACCGCCUGCUGCUCAAGCACCUGGUGUGCGUGCUCUAUCUGAUCAGCAAGAGUGCCGGCACCAACAAGAUGGACGCGAGCAACCUUGCCAUCUGCAUCGGGCCCAACAUGCUGGCCCUGGAGAACGACCGGAGCCUGUCCUUCGAAGCCCAGAGAGACUUGAACAAUAAGGUUAAGACCCUGAUGGAAUUUCUCAUCGACAACUGCGUUGAGGUCUUUGGGGAGAACAUCCCAGCGCCGUCCAGCAUCACUUCCGAUGACUCCCUGGACCACACGGACAGUUCAGAUGUGUCGACGCUGCAAAAUGACUCGGCCUACGACAGCACGGACGCUGAUGCCGAGUCCAACAGUGUCAUCGGCUCUCAGAGCAGGCUGCCCCAGGGACCCACCAAGAUGACUAGCAGCCUGGACAACAGGAGGCCACAGUCUCCACGUGAGACAGGUCUGAAGCCCAUUGUCAGCACUGUGGCCAGGCUGAAAGGCACCCUUGGUCAACCAGACAGGAGGUAUUCAGAACCCAACAUGUCAUCCUCCCAAGAGUGCCUUGAGAGCCGGAUAACAAGCCAAAAGCUAACCAAGAGUGAGGACAACUUCACGGUGCCCCGCGCAGCCUCCAGUUUUGGAAGUGAAGACCCUGAAGACCCAUUUCCAGAGGACGUAUUCCCUGCGGAAGGCAAACUCAAAAGACUACUGGACCUGAAGGCAAAGAGCGUGAUUCCGGGUCCGGUGUUGCCACAGAGACUGUUACCGAAGGCUGCGUCCAGUUGCUCCCUGGACGGCUCCUGUGACAGCUCCCCCACGGUUUCUCCUUGCAGUCCCAAAAGAAAUUUCUUCACCAGGCACCAGUCCUUCACCAUGAAGACUGAGAAAGGUAAGCCCAACAGAGAACUGAAAAAGCACUCCAUGUCAUUCUCCCUGUCCCCUCACAAAAGAGUGCAGACCCAAACCACCAGCUGUGGGACUGCCAAGUACAGAGUCUUUCCCAGAGACCCAGUGAAGAAGAGCUUCAAGAAAGACAGCCAGCUUGCUGGCCGCAUCAUCCAGGAAAGUUGGCCUGAAACUCAUAGCCAGACAGCUCUGGGAGUCACCUCACGAGCCUGUGGCUUCUCAGCUGACGAUGUGUUUCAACAAGUGGACCAGAGACUUGCUGGGAAUCCGCCAUCUUACGAGGAGGCCCUUCAGAGCCAGGCAUUCGAACUCGCUGCCUACAGGAGCCAAACGGUCCGAAGUAUGAGGGCACGAACGCUCAGCCAAGACUCCAUACGACCACCUCCCCUACUUUCUCUCCACGGAGGGGACUCAGGAGACACGUGCAGUCAGGAGCCACUAACUAGGCACAGACUCUCUCCCUUGACUGGGAGCUGGAAACAUGGCGAGACUGUGUGCACGUCUGUGGCAACCAAAGAGGAAGUGAGUGUACCAGGGAGAUCGGCCCUCCACCGGCUGAGAACUGUGUCGGAGUCCACACAGAGGAGUAAGCAGGACUAUCUAGUCCGGAGAUGCAGUCAGCCAGUCUUUGAGGCUGACCAGCUCCAAUACGCUAGGGAAUCCUACAUUUAG